UACUAUUCCGUCACCGAUUCAAAAUGGCGUGUUACCAUUGAACGAAAAAACGUAGAUAAAAUCUUUAUUUCAUGGUGCUAAAUCCGUCGUUCGUGUUUUUAUAUUUGGUGAAUUUAAUAUUCUUGCUAAGAGAGCAAGAAAGAAAGAGGUUAUGACACAGUUCCCGUGUGUGUCGUUCUAGGAAGUCCGUUAGUAUAUUCAUAAUCGGGUUGUGGAAUUAAUAAUGCAGGAAAUCGUUCUAGCAGCCUUCUCCGUGAUAUCGAGUCUACUCAUAGUAUUUGGUCUGGUGCUGCUGGGUAAGAACGAUAGGUUGGUAUUUAGUUUGGAAGUUUUUCCUUUCAAGGUUCAGGUUUGUCCGGGAACUAUUGGGUGGAAUGAGUGAAUCCUCUCCUGUAAAUGACUUAAAGAAUGGUAGAUCUCGCAUGAAAAAAAUUCGCAAAGAUUAAGGACACGUUUUUAUAUUUGAGACAAGAAGAUUAUUAGAAAGAGAAGGACCAUCAAAUUAACAAAAUUGACCAAAGCAAAAUUGUCUUUCAUUUAUAUAUCUAUAAUAUUUUAAUUUAUCAAAAUGUCUAUAAAUAUACGCUGUGCUACGACAGAUGAUUUACUAAAUAUACAACAUUGCAAUUUACAAUGCUUGCCAGAAAAUUAUCAAAUGAAAUAUUACUUAUACCAUGCUCUUUCGUGGCCACAGUUGAGUUACGUGGCAGAAGAUGAAAAAGGCAGGAUAGUAGGCUAUGUCCUUGCUAAAAUGGAAGAAGAUUGCGAAGAUAAUCCACAUGGACACAUUACUAGUUUGGCAGUAAAAAGGUCACAUAGAAGACUUGGUAUUGCACAAAAGCUUAUGAAUCAAGCUUCCAGGGCAAUGGUUGAAUGUUUUGGUGCAAAAUAUGUUUCUCUACAUGUUCGUAGAAGUAAUCGGGCAGCGUUGAAUUUAUACACAAGCAGUUUGCAAUUUGAAGUAUCAGAAGUUGAACCAAAAUAUUAUGCUGACGGAGAAGAUGCUUAUGCUAUGAAACGCGAUCUUAGUAGCUUUUAUUUGGAAAAGAAUGCAGCAAAAGAAAAAACAAACAAAGAUGGUAAUACGCACAUACAUACUGGCAGAUGCUGUGAUCGUUCAUAGUCAAAUUGGGAUGUUUACCUAUAAGUCACAACUGAUUCCACGCAUCAUUAAUUCAAUACUGUUUGAAUUCAAAUCAGUAUCAUACGUACGAAUACAUAUAAUAUUUUUCAUAAAUAGAUUUCCAUGAAAAGUGCACGAAAUAAUCAUGAGUCAAGCAUCAUGGCUUGAAUGUUUGACAUAUUAUCAUUAUGAAAAUUUUGCAAAUACUUAGAAUAUUAGUGUUCAUUCGAGCCUUACCUGAGACAUGAAAUGUUUUAUAUACCGCUAAAAAAAAGGGGUGUACUUGUUAAUAAUUAUACAGCAGAUAGGAGAGAGACAGAACUAAUGUAUGUUCGAUGCGGAUUGAGUUAAAAAGUUUGUAAUAAAUGUAUCAUUGCGUGUAGUUAAUCGAUAUAUUGUGUUACUUAAGACCUACGACUCUUAAUAUAAUAAUAAAGACGAUAAGCAGAGAUGACAA